CAAUUUCAAACUUCCUUUUGUGAUUCUCUUUUUCUCGAAUUCUCAUUUUCCAUCUGAUCAGAUCUUUUUGAAAAAAUAAAACAAUCAAUAUAACUUGAUAACAAUCUCUAUUUUCACGCAUCAUGUCGGGCGUCAGACCCGAAUAUCUCCAUGUGAACUCAUGUUCGAUAGUUUGAUUUGCAUACGCACUUACCAACGUAUGAAUUUGAUUUACUUACCUACCCGACCACGUAUAUUAAUUUUCUAAGCAGUUUCCCAUCAUCCAUUCAAUAAUGGAGAUUGCUACAUAUUCAGUCAAAUCUUUGCUUGGUAGGUUAGUAUCGUAAUAUAUUAUUAUUAUUAUCAUCAUCAACAUCAUAUAUAUAAGAAGUUGCAUCUUUCUGUAUCCGAUUCUAUCGAUCUUCCUAAAUAAAUUAGGUUUCGCCCUGUCGAAACUAUCAUUGCUAGCUGCUAAAUUUUGAUGGAUAUGGCAGUCAUUUAUCAACACCUUUUGCAUCCGUUUGUGAAUAUGGCUGGUUUUUUAGCUUUAUUAUCCUUCUUCUGUUGUAUUUGGGUUUCUUUUAUAAGGCCAUGGAAUGGGCGCAGAGUAUCACCAGCAUCGCCGCCUGAUGUUGCAGGAGCGUGGCCUAUAGUAGGCCAUCUUCCCCAGCUAAUAGGAUCUACACCUCUAUUCAAGAUCCUUGCGGGUAUGUCUGACAAGUACGGACCUAUUUUCAUGGUCAGAUUUGGCAUGUAUCCGACACUAGUUGUCAGCAGUUGGGAGUUGUCGAAAGAAUGCUUCACCACUAAUGACAAGUUAUUCGCUACUCGUCCACCUAGUGCUGCCGGGAAGUACCUCACCAAAGCCAUGUUUGGAUUUUCCAUGUAUGGUCCUUAUUGGCGAGAGAUCCGUAAGAUCGCAACAGUCCAUUUACUCUCUCUUAGGCGCCUCGAAUUGCUUAAGCACGCCCGUUACUUAGAGAUCGACAAUUGCAAGAAAAGAUUAUAUCAAUGUUGGAUGGAACAAAAUAAUCAGAUAAAGCAGGAUGGUACAACAACUAUUUCAGUUAAGGUGGACAUGAGCCAAGUGUUUGCGGAACUAUCCUUGAAUGUGGUGUUAAAGAUGAUUGUAGGAAAAACCCUUUUUACCAGGAACAACAAAAAUAAAGAAGACUACACCAAAGAGGAAGAAGAGGGCCUAAAGCUUCAUAAGAGUAUCCUAAAAUUCUUCGAGUUAGCAGGUGUAUCAGUUGCAUCUGAUGCUCUUCCUUUCCUUGGGUGGCUAGAUGUGGAUGGGCAAACGAAACAAAUGAAAAGAGUCUCCAAGGAGAUGAACCUGAUUGCUUCAAAGUGGCUUGAAGAGCAUCAAGUGAAAAAAAGACUUCAGACUGCCCUAUCCGGCGAAAUAAAAAGUGGAAGUAAUCAUGAUGACUUCAUGGACGUGUUGAUGUCAGUUCUCGAUGAAGAAAAGGAUGAUCACUUCUUCGGUUACACUCGAGAUACCGUCAUUAAAGCAACAUGUCUGCAACUUAUAGUAGCAGCAUCAGAUACUACAUCAGUUGCAUUGACGUGGGCACUCUCACUAGUACUCACCAACCCUAAUGUCCUAAGAAAGGCUCAAGAUGAGCUUGACAAAAAAGUUGGCAAGGAAAGAAACGUAGAAGGACACGAUAUAGAUGAUCUGAUCUAUCUCCAGGCAAUCGUCAAGGAAACACUCCGAUUGUACCCGCCUGGCCCACUCUCCGUACCCCACGAGGCUAUGGAAGACUGUAUUGUUGGUGGGUAUAAAGUGAGAGCAGGCACACGCUUGUUGGUUAACCUGUGGAAACUGCAGCGUGACCCGCGAGUGUGGUCAAACCCGUCAGAGUUUAAGCCGGAGAGGUUUCUUCCCCACCAGAAUGGUGGUUUUGGUAAUGAAACAGCACACUUAGACUUCAGGGGUCAACAUUUUGAGUACACACCCUUUGGAUCCGGAAGAAGGGUAUGCCCAGGUAUAGACUUUUUCCUCCAGACUAUUCACAUGGCACUAGCUCGUAUACUACAUGCAUUUGAUUUUGACACAGAUGGAGGACUAGUUAUAAACUUGGAGGAAGGUCCAGGUCUUACGAUGCCCAAGGUAACUCCACUUGAAGUUAACCUUACCCCACGUCUGCCUCUCACACUUUACUAGUAGGCUUAAUAAUAAUUAGAGAUGAGGGUGUGCCAUCAAUACUCGUGGAGUCCGGAUUGAUGGCAGAAGAAGAGGUAAAGAAUAAUUUCAUUUUUUCGAAGUAUUCACUGAAUUGAAAAACAAGUGUAAGUGUGUUUCGCUGCCAGAUUCAUAAAUAAGAUUUGGGAUGCUAGCCAAUUGGAAAGUUAUAGACCUUUUAAUGGGAACUUUGUUGUGUUCAUAU